CCGCGCCCGCCGCGCCAUGCGGCCCCCCGAGCCCCGCACGGCCGCUCGAACCCGCGGCGCGCGCGCACCGGACCCCUGAGUCGGCCCGGGCCGCGCGCGCCCGACGGGACCGCCCCGGACCUACCCGGACCUGCCUCCGGACCGACCCGGAGCCGAGCCGGCCGGGACUCCGACCCGAAACCCGACCCGGACCCCAACCCGGAGCCGGACCCCUACCCGGACUCCGACCCGAACCCCGGCCCGGAGCCGGACCCCGACCCGAAGCCGACUCGGACCUCGACCCGAAACCCAACCCGGAGCCGGAGCCGGACCUGACCCCGACCCAGACUCCGACCCGGAGAGGACCCGGACCCCGACCUGAAACCCGAUCCAGAGCCGGAGCCGGACCCCGACCUGGACCCCGACCCGGACCCGGGACCUCGCCCCGGAGCCUACCCGGACCCCGUCCCGGACCCGGACCCGGACCCGGACCCGGACUCCGACCCCGACCCCGACCCGGACCCCGACUCCGACUUCGACUCAGACCCCGACCCGGUCCGGAGCGUUUCCCGGCGCAUGUCCCCCGCGCCCGGCCCCGGCCCCUGAGCCGGAUCCGACCCCGACCCGACCCGACCCGGACCCGGAGCCCGCCCGAACCGGACCGGGACCCGACCCGAAGCCGGACCCCGACCCCGAGCGGACCCGGACCCGACCCGAAGCCGGAGCCCGACCCAGACCCGACCCGACCCGGAGCCGGAGCCCGCACGGACCCGACCCGACCCGACCCGGACGCGCCUGCCCCGACCGCGGCAUGGGGGACGCGGCCCCGCGCAGCGCCGUCGUGGAGCGUCUCCGCGCGCGCAUCGCCGUGUGCCGCCGCCACCACCGCAGCUGCGAGGGCCGCUACGAGCGCGGACGCGCUGAGAGCUCGGACAGGGAGCGCCAGAGCACGCGGACGCUGCUGAGCCUCGUGCAGCACGGCCAGGCCGCGCGCAAGGCCGCCAGGCCCGCCCGCGCCGCGCCCCCGGCGCCCCCGGCGCCCCCGGCGCCUGGAGACCCGCGACCCACGGCCCUGCUCCCGCUCCAGGGACCCCUGAAGAGAAAACAGCCCCCUCCCCCGGACCCCGCCCAUGGCAGCAGGCCCAACGGCUUCCUUGACGGCAACUUCCUGGACAUCAAGAAGAUCUGCGUCGGGGAGGUCCCAGGGCCGGGCCAGGGGCCCUUCCAGGCCAACAGUGGACAGAGCCCAAUGGCGCCCGGGGCCUUGCCCCUCAACCAGGCGCCUCCCCGGAAGCCCACAGCCCCACUGACUGCCCCGCCACCCACCGAGGGUCUGUCCAGCCUGGGCUUGAAGCCGGUGAAGAAGGAGCCGGGGGAGGCCAUGUCCUGCAGCCGGCAGCUAGACGGAGCCUUUGGCCAGCGGCUGGGUGAGGAGCCAGCCGAGCUGGACCCCGAGCUGCAGGAGCUGUUCAACGAGCUGUCCAGCAUCUCCGUGCCGCCCCUGAGUGACCUGGAGCUGGACAACAUGAUCAGCGCCACCAUCAAGCAGGGUGACCCCUUCAGCCUGGACCUGGGCCAACCACCGAGCCAGAGGAGCCCACCGGGGCCCGCCCUGGCCCCGGACAAGCCCCUGGUCAAGAGCGAGUACUCCCCAGGCCGGGGCCCGGCUGCCUCGGGCUCCCCUCAGCUGCGGCCCCCGUCAGCCAGCCCUGCCUUCUCCGUGGCCGCGCCUGCCCUCCCCGUCUCCUCUCCCUUGUCCUCGGUCCCUCAGGGCCAGCCCCAGCCUGUACCCGGCACGGGCCGGGUCCUGCCCGGCUGGCAAGAGGUGUCCCAUGCCCAGCAGCUGAAGCAGAUCGCAGCCAACCGCCAGCACCAUGGCCACCUGCCGCCACCAUCACAGCCCACAACCUGGCCGGGUGCCACGGCCCCCGCAUUCUCACAGGAGAAGACCCCCAGCCCCUCUUUCACCCAGCAGUCAUUCGUCCCCCAGAGCUCCUCCAUGCCCGGGGGCACUGGGAGCAGUGGUCAGUCCAAAGCCCUGGGCAGCUACCUGCUGAAGGCCAACACCCCACCAUCCACACGGCAGGAGCCUCCACGAGGCCUUGUGGGCAGUGCCCACAGUGGCACCAAGCUCCUGUUCCACUUCGGUCCUGAGCCUGGUGGCCAGCAGCCGCCGCCUGCCCUGGCAUCCCCUGGCCAACCUUGCCUGCCACAGUACCCCACAUCUCUGCCUGCCCAGCCCGCCCAGCCCGCCCAGCCUCCUGCCGGCCAGCCCCUGUUGAGGUCAGCGCUGCCCGCCCAGCAGAAAGCCCUGAUGCAGAAGAUGCAGGGCCCGGCCCUCACCGGACUGGGCUACCAGCUGUCCCCUCAGCACCGACAGGAGCAGCAGACCUCUGCCAUUACCCCGAGCUCCGGCCCUGGCCCUGCUGGCAGCUUCCUGAGCUCCCAGCUGAUGCAGCAGCUGGUGGGCAAGAAGCAAACCGCACAGAGGCCGCUGGCUGAGCAGAAGCUGCUCCUCCCCACGCAGAUGCUGGUGGACACGGAGAAGCUCGUUGCCCAGGACCAGAUGAGCAGACAUCUGUCCAGGCCGCCCCCCGACUACAAAGACCAAAGGAGAAACACAGGCAACAUGUCAUCAGGAGCCCCCUACCCCGGGCCCUCGCCCACCGUGAGCUCAAACUCCAGCCAGGCCUUGGCAAACCCAGUCUCCACACAGGCCCUCGGGACCCCCAGCCCCAGCCUGCUGACCCCGGCCCUCGGCGCCCGCCUGCAGCCUGGCUCCGCAGCUAUUCAGAACCAGAACCAGAACCAGAACAUGGGUGCCUUUGCCAGCCCGCCCUGCAGCCAGCCGGGCCAGUACAGCACCGAGGCAGGGAUGGGUCGGUUGAUACCGCAGAGGAACCUCCCGCAACUGGGGGUGGGCCCUGGUGGACCCCUGGCCCCCCGGCCCCCCACCUUGGCCCCGAGCACCAGCGGCAGCAGUGCCUUGUUUGCAGCCACUUGCAGCCAAGUGUCUCUGGGCACUUCACCGCAGCCAAGACUGAGUCUUCCCCAUGGCACGGCUGGCCUGGCCCCCCAGCGGGCGACACCCGAAAUGCUGAGACCCCCCGCGACAGCCCCGCCCAGCUGGGCCUCACCCGGAACCCCAGCCAAACCACAGGAUGCCCCGAAGCCUGCGAGCAUCUGCUUCCCUGCAGUCACGCCUGCGGCUUAUACCCCAAGUCGGUCCCUGCCGCAGGUCUCGGGGGGUCAGCAGUUUCCCUCGACAGCAGCGGCACCCCCCAACACUUUGGCACCAGUGGUACAGGCGAGACCCCUGAGCCAGGUGAGCCAGACGCUGAAUGGGCCAGGUCUGGGGCCCCUCCGGAGUCUGAGUCUCGGGCCCAGCCCGCUGGGUGCUACAGCGUUGCCCGCGUUGAAUCCGUCUGCUGCAGCCCUGGGCCAGGCGCCCCCUCAGGCCCUGAGUGCCGGCAGCUUCCUGGCACCCGGCCAGAGUUCCCGGCCUUGCCAGGGCCCCGAGCACGGCAGCCCCGAGCUGGCCUUUGACUUCCUCAGCCCGCAGACGGAUGGCAUGGGGCCGGCGCUGAACAGCGACGCCGACUUCAUUGACUCCCUGCUGAAGACGGAGCCUGGAAACAGCGACUGGAUGCGGGAUAUCAACCUGGAUGAGAUCCUGGGCGGCCCCUCGUGAGGGUGCGGGAGGGCCAGGGGCAGCUGUGCGGGGCCAGUCGAGCCCCCACACAGUGUUGCUGUGUGAAACGGCCUCUGAGUCCCCGCUUUCCCUGAAGCGAGGCAAACCAUUGGGUGUCUGAGCCCUUGUGGGCCAUGGCAGAUCCUGCUGCCCUUCUGCACUCUGAGCUCGCCACUGUGGAUGACACUUUGCCCUCGGCCAUUGCUUCUCCUGACACCGCCAGGGCUGGCUGAGGGACCCCGAGGCUCAGUGGUGGAGACCCCAAGCCCUGGGUCCCCGUCUCCGGCAUUGGCACACUCCCAUGUGGGAUUUAUCUCUGCAGCCCGUCCUUACCCAUUGUGGUAUAGGCACGUUCCUGGAUGCCUCAGCUCCACCCUGCAAAGCCCCAGCAACACCAUGAGGGCUGCUGGAAAGGAGGCGUCUAGGCCCUCUGGCCGAGGCUGUCCAAGAGCUGUCAGCUGAUACCCCCAAGUCUGGUCCUUCCUGCCCAGCUGGACAGGGGAUAAGCAGAUCAGACGCGGAGCACCAGGGCUGGCCAGGUUCUUGGCUGGGUCAGAUCUUUACAGGACAGCAGGGCCGAGAGGGGACAGUCUGUGUGUCCUGGAGCAGGUGUGGGAGUGCAAGUGGCUGACCAAGCCAAGUGUGACCAGCAGACGCAGCUUCUUCACCCUCCACACACUGGGGCCCCUGCCAGCUGGACCAUCCUCCUGGCUCUUCCUUCUGUCGAGACCGAGCACUGUGGGUGGGGUUUUGGUGUGUGAGCUCGUGUGCAAGGUGGAGGAGGUUUGUGCUGGGGGAUAGCAGCAGAGUGAGUCCCUCUCACCGUCCUGCAGACUGAGGGGAUGUGGUGCCCACCUUCCAUCAUGUAGAGGCCCACAGUGCUGUAUUCAGAGGACAACCGAGGUCAUUAGGAAUCUUUCCCAGACCACACACUGGGACGUCUUUGGAGCCCCCUGCAGACCUCCUCCCCACCCCCCACGCCCACAGCCAACAUCACUGGCCCGGACUCUCUCCCAUACUAGCCUGUAAAUAUAAAUAAAAUAGUUGUUUUGUAAACUUUUGUAAAGAAUAUUUUGGUAGAAAUACAUAAACCAUAUUAUUUGGGUUAUAUUUAUACUAUAUGUGAAAUAAAUAUACUAUCAAAAGGUUUUAUUUUAUACGAGAAGUAAAUCAAUACCUUUUGUAUGCUAACAAAGUUUUGUAUAAGAUGAUGGUUUAUUUUUAGCUCUAUACUGAACACCAGUAAGUGGGAACUUUGAAACUAUCAAGAGGCUUGUGAGAUUUAUUUGCUGAGACCUUCUGUAAGAAACAUUCCAGGUUUCCGUCGUUCCUGCCCUCUCUCCACUCCCGUUUAUUUUUCAUUCCCAUAAUCGGUGUCUCAUCUGAUUCUCCUACUACGCACACCACAUCGAUUGGUCCCUGUAUGUGUGCUCACCUGUGUUCCUGUGUCAACCAUUUGGAAGACGUACGUACAUGCAAAUACUGCCUUCCUGGCCCUUCAGGGUCUGACAUGUCUUCUGCCAUCCCUGGACAUUUGGUCCCUCUCCAGUGCCAGAGAUAAGGCAGUCGAAAUUGUCUGGGCCUCCUUCUGUCGUAAUGUGAAAUUUCAUAAUUAAUGUUUAUUUAUUCAGCUAUUCAUUAAAACGCAGAAUUCUUUGGGGAAAUGGUGUUUAAUUUCUGUUUCUCGGUUGCCUCUGGCCAAAGAUGAUGUCAUAUCCUAAAAGCUGAGAUAAUGACAAUUGAUAGACACAUUUAAGCCCAAACUUUAGGAUUUACGACUUACAGGUGGCUGGAGUCCACUCUGCCCUCUGUCCAAACAGCAGACCUCUUCAUUGUCAGUUUAUCACUCUGACAUAUUCUCCAGGAGGUGGAAGGAAUUUUUCUUUUUUUUUUUUUUAAAAAAAAAAUCAAAGGCUAGAAAGCAGUUUGGACAAAUAAAUCACUCUUGGCUCUGUGCUAAGCGGAAUGAAAAUAAAUCGCUUCUCCACGUGAAUGUG